UGAUUUUAUUAAUUCACACCUUAGCAUGUGAGAACAGCAAAUCUGUAGAAGCUUAGCAUGGUGAGUUAUCAAAUCUUAUGCCUUAUUGGCUUAUUCUUGGUUAUUUUGGAUGGUAUAUGGGCACAUCUAUAGAAGUGUAAACUGUAAAAGAAACUAUGAACACAUAUUGCUAACAUUAGGAACAAUAUGUUAAAUGAUUUAUUGUGAAUCAAAUUGAUCUCUUAUCUUAAAGCAUGCUAUUGGUAAACUUUUGAUAUUGAAAAAGGAACUUUCUUCAAUUCAAGAAUUAAGUCACAUGUGCAGUUGUUCCACAUUAAAUAUUGAUUUUUGCUUUGAGAUAUAGCAUUUGGUUAGUCUUAGAAAUUUUUUGCUUUUAAUCACUUUUGAUGUCACCAUUUGACCAAAUUGGGAAUCUCUUGAUUUUGCCUAACUAUGAACUGUGAAAUUUAUGAUUGACGUGAAAAAAAUUUCCUAACUUAACAAUUUGCUACUUCUCUUGGGGAUGCUAUAAGAAUGAGAAACAUGUAACACUUUGGAUGAUAUAUGGGCAGAACAGCUAUAGAGAAGUAAAAAUUUAUUUCCUUUCAAUAAAUUUACAAAGUUGAAUCUUUGGAUGAUGUAGCUUCUGAAUAUAUUACAAGCUAAUUAUAACUAUCAGCAAUGAAUGGUUGGGCAUACCAUAGACUUAUUCUUCAUUUCUUAAUGGAGAUUUGUAGUGCAGAUUUCUAAAAUGGUGCAAUUCUCUUGGAGAAUUCCCAUACUUUGAUUCUUGAUCAGGUUAAAAGAAAUCAUGCUUUCAUGUUCAGCUCUGUAAAGAAGGUAAUCAAUACUGCAAUGCAUCAAAAUGGAAAAUGGACAUCAGCUCCAAGAGUUCUCAAAGGCAAAUUUGACUGUCUUUUAUUUGUUUCACAAUCUAAUGCCGCCGCCACAGCCACAGCCACAGCCACCGCCUCCUCCUCCUCCCCUCCCCCAGUUCGAAUGUGCAAAAUGCGGGAAGUCUUUUCCCGAGAAAAGAAGAUUAGAGGACCACUGGAGAACUAAGAAGCUUCGAAAGUACAUACAUAUCUGCCAGCAUUGCAAUAAUCGGUUCGAGACCAACGCAAACUUGGAACAACACCAAAUUGGGUGCGUUCAUUUUCUCCAGCAGAAUCAGUGAUGCAAAGCGUCACUCGUAAAUUAUUUUUCUUUUUCUUUUUGGUUCUUGCCCAAUUUCUUUUUGGUUCUUGCCCAUCUCAACUGCCUCUAUCAACAACACCAAACUGGCCAAGAACCAGGUCUAAGUCAAGGAAUGAUAAAUGGACUGGAUUGACCACUACACAUGAUAACUCUAGAUGGGGCAACGGUGGGACAAAUGAUAGAGAGCAUAUAUCAUCAACACUUUCUGAUCCAGGUCCUAUAUGGGAUGCUGAACCAAAGUGGGAUCCCGAGGCUAAUUGGGAUGUAGAAAACCCAAUUGAGUUGCCAGGGCCUCCAGAUGAUACAGAAGUAGGACCCACAAAGGAGGUUGUGCCUCGAUUUGGAGACAAAUGGGUUGUCUCGAAGGGACAUUUCCUUGGCAUUCUGGUUUGCAACCAUGCAUGUAGAACUGUUCAAAGCUCGCAGGUGGUUGCUCCUAAAGCUGAGUUUGAUGACAACACACUAGAUAUGCUCUUGGUUCAUGGGGUUGGAAGGUUGCGGCUAUUGAGAUUUUUUGUACUUAUGCAGAUGGGUCGACACCUUUCCUUGCCAUAUGUUGAAUAUGUAAAGGUAAAGUCUGUGAGGAUAAAGUCAGGGAAGCACACUCAUAAUGGAUGUGGUAUUGAUGGUGAGCUUUUUCCACUCAAUGGACAAGUAGUUUCUACUAUGCUUCCGGAACAGUGCAGGCUAAUUGGCCGUUCUCGUAUACGAUAACAGUGACUCAUUUUCAAUUUUUUGAUGGGUUCUGGAAAGAAGCUCAUGUACUUUUGUCAAAUAUACAAGUCCAGAUACCCAAUUUGUCCAUGUGAAAUACCCUAUCUUCGCUGUAACAGCUGAGGCUUUUUCUAAAUUUUUGUUCCGGUUAUAUGUAUCUGUUGUUGCUUGCAUAUCUGUCUUCCUUAUUUGUCCUCAGUGAAAAAAGAAAAACAACACAUUUGUGCAUUACUUGCAACAAGCCGCUGAAUGUAUUGCCGCUGAAUGUAUUGCAUUUCUCCCCAUUUCCUCCACUUGGUUUGGUCCAUUGAUUCUCUUGUGUCACAAUCUCUGAGAUGGAAAGUUGUAUUGUAUCUA